AUGAUCAAUACCUUGGACCAUGCCCACGAGGCGGCGGUCUCUGAGCCCAAGCGUCCUAACGACACCGAUGUCGAGCAAUUGGCUGCCCCCGUGCCCCGGAAAGUGCAAGGCUUCGCGUGGUUCCUCGUUGUCGUCAGUAUCCUGUCCAGCAUCUUCCUCUAUGCGCUGGACAACACCAUUGUCGCCGACAUCUUGCCGGCAAUGAUCAACGACUUUUCCUCGGUUGAUCAAUUGGGGUGGCUCUCCGUUGGGUUUCAGAUUGGAGGUGUCGCGGUCAUCAUGCCUUUGAGCAAGAUUUAUGGCCUCUUCCGCGUCAAAUUUCUCUACCUGCUUUCCUGCAUCAUAUUCAUGGCCGCGUCGGCGCUGUGUGGCGCUGCCCCGGAUAUCAAUGCGGAAAUCGUGGGUCGUGUCUUCACAGGCGCUGGGGGCAUUGGUCUUUACAUCGGAGUGAUGAUUCUGCUGUCUGUCAAUACCACCGAGCAAGAACGGCCCAUGUAUCUGAGUCUUGUUGGUCUGGUCUGGGGUAUCGGAACUGUCCUCGGCCCCGUCAUUGGCGGUGCAUUUGAGAAGGUUACCUGGCGCUGGGCUUUCUAUAUCAACCUCAUCAUCGGUGCCGUCCUAGCUCCCAUCUGGGUCUUCCUCCUCCCCAACACCGCUCACCCAUGCAAACAUCUUUCUCUCGGCCAGCGACUGCGCAGCUUCGACUCAGUAGGAUGUAUCCUGAGCAUGGGAGCCAUCAUCACCACGAUCAUGCCGAUCAACUUUGGCGGAGGUCUAUAUGAGUGGAGGAGUGCGGCUAUCAUCGCUCUGUUUACUGUCGGCGGAGUCCUUUGGAUCUUGUUUGGUAUUCAGCAGACCUUCAACAUCUUCACUUCCACAACAAAUCGCAUGUUCCCGGUCCAAUUUCUGUGGAACAAGGAGGCCGUGCUGCUGUUUAUUCUGGCAGCAACGUGCAAUGCCGCGGUGUUUAUUCCUGUCUACUACAUUCCUAUCUUCUUCCAGUUUACCUGGGGCGACGACGCUUUGGCUUCUGCCGUGCGUCUGUUGCCGCUCAUCUUUCUGCUUUGUGCGACCAUCUUAACCAAUGGGUGGUUGAUGUCCAAGCUGGGCUACUACAUGCCCUGGUAUGCCAUUGGGGCUGCCCUGAUGCUUAUCGCGAAUGUUUGUCUCUCGCGAAUCGACAUCUACACCUCCACCUCUUACAUCUACGGCUUCGAAGCCCUCCUCGGCAUUGGCGGUGGGGCGUUCGUUCAAGCCGGCUACGCCGUAAUCCAAGCAGUCGUUGCCCCCGAAGACUUGGGAUACGCAGUCAGCUUCAUGAUGGUCGCGCAAAUCGGCGGCAUCGCACUAGGCCUAGCCAUUGCCAGUGCUGUAUUCGUCAAUGGCGCCACACUCCAGCUCCAAGACCUCCUCCCACAGUAUCCGAAGGAUCAGCUGCAGGCUGCGAUUUCGGGGACGAGUAGCCAGGUGCUGCAGACGUUGUCGCCUGAGUUGCGGGAGAGGGCGCUGACUUUGAUUGUGUCGAAUAUGGAUAAGGUGUUUAUUGUGGCGUAUGCUGGGUCCGCGGUUGCUUUGGUGGGGUCACUUGCUCUUUCGAGGAAGCGGGUUUUCCUGCCUGCUGCGGCGGCGGCUUAG